AGCAUCGUCUGCAACUUUGACAGUCAGAGUAAACAUGGCCUCAUCCACGAUAGAGUCAGUGGAUGACCGUAAUACAUGCAAAGUCUUAAUUAUUGGGGCCGGAAUGGCCGGUUUGUCAGCUGCCAAUCAUUUACUGAAGAACUCCGAACCAGAUUUCCUAAUUCUUGAAGCCAGAGGACGCAUAGGUGGACGUAUCGUUUCCACGCAAGUUGGAAACGAAAAGGUGGAAUUGGGGGCCAAUUGGAUCCAUGGAGUCUUAGGAAAUCCAAUAUUUGAAUUAGCAAUGGCGAAUGGACUAAUCGACAUAAUAAGUGUCCCAAAACCCCAUAAAGUUGUAGCUGCAAUGGAAGAUGGCAAGCAACUUCCAUUCACAGUAUUAGAAGAAAUUUAUGAAGCCUAUGUUUGCUUUUUACGACGUUGCGAGGAGUACUUCUUGAGUUCCUACAGCCCACCAGAAGGAAUUAAUAGCGUGGGAGCGCACGUUGCUCUGGAGGCUGAUCUCUACUUAUCGUCAUUACCACCCGAAAACAGAAAAGUUAGACGAUUAUUAUUCGAUUGCUUACUGAAGCGAGAAACUUGUAUUACUGGCUGUGAUAGUAUGGAAGAAGUAGAUCUCUUGGAAAUGGGCUCGUAUGCCGAAUUACAAGGGGGCAACAUCAGUCUUCCAGGUGGUUAUAGUACCAUCCUGGCACCUGUUGCCAAACAUAUUCCAAGAGAUCGAGUUCUUUCGCGGCAUCAUGUCACUAAAAUAAGUUGGCGAAAAUCUGACGUAAGUGGAACGAACCAGCAAAACCGGCCCGACCUAAUAGAAGUUGAAUGUCAGAACGGAAAAAAGAUAACGGCCGAUCAGUUGAUAUGCACUAUACCCUUGGGCGUUCUGAAAGAAAAGUCGCAUGAAAUAUUCGAACCGCCACUACCAAGUCACAAACUCAAAGCCAUAGACAGACUAAUGUUUGGUACAGUAAACAAAAUAUUUCUCGAGUACGAGAGACCUUUUCUCAACCCAGGAGUGUCAGAGGUUAUGCUUCUUUGGGACGACAGAAGCCUCUCGGAAGAGGAAAAACAAAAUCUCAGUAAAAGCUGGUUUAGGAAGAUAUACUCUUUUACAAAAAUCUCAGAGACUCUUCUCUUAGGUUGGAUAUCAGGAAAGGCUGCUGAAUAUAUGGAAACUCUUAGCACAACUGAAGUAUCCGAAGUUUGUACAUCAAUUUUAAGGCGCUUUUUGAAUGACCCUUUUGUCCCGAUUCCGAAGGGAUGUUUGAGAACGAGCUGGCACUCGCAACCCUUCACUCGGGGAUCCUAUACGUCUAUGGCCAUUGGGGCAAGUCAAGCAGACAUCGAGUGUCUUGCUGAACCUCUAUUCGAACCGAAUCAAACCAAAGUGAAAAUAGCAUUUGCAGGCGAACACACUCAUUCUUCUUUCUAUAGCACAGUUCACGGUGCUUAUCUCACGGGGAGAAGCGCUGCCCAGAUAUGCCUUGAAACUAGAAAAAAGAACGAAAAACAGCCACUUACUAUUUGCUGCGAAGAUACGAAUGAUCUCAGUUCCUGGAUUCAGGGUAUUUCUUUGCACUAGUAUGUUGAAAAGGUUGUUGGUUGGGCGUAAAACCGAUUUUACACAUUCAAUAGAAGGAUAUCUUUUAACAAAAAGAGUCGAAAUUACGAGUAAUACGAAAUUUCGAUAUACGAGUGUGUACAGUCAUACACAUAGUACAUCGACGUGCUUUAGUGCAGUUGCAAAUGAUUACCAGUGAAUGAUAUCGUCUGCAAAUAAUAAUUGCACUGGUCAACAAAAUGUGACUUGUGUUCUUGAUAUGUGUAUGUAAAAUUUAUUUCUCCCCUGAAUGCGUUUACAAACUUUUACCAUAUAUGUAGUUAUCGCUGAGUGACAUUUUACACUCAAUUCUAGAUUAGACGCAAAUCAUUUGAUUAAAAUUUUUAAUUCGGCCCUGUUCAGCUUUCUUUCUCGCAUUCCGUUUAAAGUUAUGUGUUCUUGAAAUUUGAUUUGAGUGGUUUUUCGUACAGAAUGAGUAUCUUGCCUUUAUUUUUGUUAAUCUUCAGGUUUUUGAAAUUUUCCAGCCGAAUUAUUUUUGAAUAUCUACUUCUCGUACCCUAAAGUCUAAACAAUCGUAAGAAAUUCUUUUAAUCUAAGGCGCUUCAUGAUUUUAAUGUGUUUUUCAACGUUCAAUCCAAAUACCGUCUUACUACGUUAAUCAUAAUCAUAAAGCUAAUUGUAAAGAAACUUAAAAACGCAAAAAACGGAUUACUGAAAAUGUUAUACUCAGCGUGUAGAACUCUCGAACCUUUAGAAACCCAUAUAAAUUGUAUAAAAAACGCCAAAGCUCCCUACUGUUUGGUACUUUUUCAUUCGGGGUCUCCGAGAUAGGACUUUGUCAUUUGGACCUAUGUAUUUACUUUAUUUAAGUCCUAAGGGUUUUUUUAUUCACUGUUUAAUUCACUGGAAUUUAUGCGAAUUCUCUGAAAUGUAUUUGCACUUAGGGGUCGUGCACAUAAUACGUCGCACAGUUUGCCAUAUUUUUUUCCGCGUUCUAAAAUUUUCUAUAUUUUACCGAGAUUUUUUCAAAUUUCGCGGGUACACAUUUUUUGUGGAUGGGUAGCGCUGUUUUUUCCUGUAGAAUGACAUAUUGUAAUAGACCUUUUGACUUAAAAUCGGAAGUUAGUGUUGCGCAAACGCGGCCGCCAUGACACCUCCCGCAAAUUCAAAAGUGUCGGUUCCUUUUGACAAACAGAGGUAAAAAUGUGUGCAAAUAUGCAAUUUUUGAAAGUUAAUUUGGAUGCCAAAGAUAUGCCAGGUGCAGAAUUGAGUGUAGAAGGACACAAUUGUACUCAAUUAAAAAUAUUGCUGCAGUGUCGGAAGGAAUCGACAAAGGGAAAACAGAACGAAUUAUUUGCAAGGUUGAGGUUACAUCAUGCCUUUAUCCAUUUAUCUGAUGUAUUGCAUAAAUUACAGUUUCUCACGUAUAAUAUUGUGCUUCUGUCAUCAAUUUCUCGUUUUCUAAACUUUAGACAUAGCUUUGGAAAGUUUAUAAAAUAAAAAUUACACUUUUCGUAGUAUGCAUUCUUACGGCACCCCUCGAAUUAAUUAAAAAAUAAUUGUUUU